AUGGGGCGCACAAAUCCCAACAUUGUAAUAACGGGUACACCGGGUGUAGGCAAGACGACGCACGCAGAGCAACUGGCGCAAGCAACGGGGCUGAAGCAUUUAUCUGUGAAUCAAAUUGUGAAAGAUGAGGGGUUCCACGAGGGCAAAGAUGAGGAGACGGGGAGUUGGAUUGUAGAUGAAGACAAGCUCCUCGACUACCUCGAAUCCCUCCCCUUACACUCAACCGGCGGCUACAUCCUCGACUGGCACGCCUGCGACCUCUUCCCCGAACGCUGGAUCGAUCUCGUCGUCGUACUGCGGUGCGACUCGUCUAUCUUAUACGACCGCCUUACCGCACGCGGCUACACGGGCAAGAAGCUAGAGGAGAAUAUGGAUAGUGAGAUUAUGCAGGUGUUGCUGGAGGAGGCGAGAGAGGCGUAUCGAGAGGAGAUUGUGGUGGAGCUGAGGAGUGAGAGUGCGAAGGAUGUUGAGGGCAAUUUGGAGAGGUGUGAGGGGUGGGUUGAGCAGUGGAGGAGGGAUAAUGUGAAGGAGGGAGAGGAGAAGGAGUAA